GUGAUCAAUGCGAUUGAACAGGACUACCGUUUGCCCCCGCCCAUGGACUGCCCCAGUGCCUUGCACCAGUUAAUGCUGGACUGCUGGCAGAAAGACCGCAACGUACGACCUCGAUUUGCAGACAUCGUCAGCACCCUGGACAAGAUGAUCCGCAACCCCACCAGCCUCAAAGCUGUAGCCAACAUUCCUGCAGUGCCUUCUCAGCCACUGUUGGACAGAUCCAUACCUGACUUCAACACCUUCAGUUCUGUAGAAGACUGGCUCUCUGCCAUCAAGAUGAGCCAGUACAGAGAUAAAUUCCUCAACUCAGGCUUUACUUCCUUACAGCUUGUAGCUCAGAUGACCUCAGAGUGA